AUGAUUGCAACAUGGGCAGUGCAUCCAGCCCCCACGACGGAUCCCAUUAACACUAGCAAUCAACAACAACACAACAACAACAACACAACAACAAUGAAGUGCCACCAAUCAAAUAAUAACAACACGCCCGAUUACAACUUUCUGAAGCGCAAGUACCAAGAUUCGGAAGAUCUGGUCUUGGGCCAGGACUACGAGCCCAUCGAGACGAAUCCCUGGAAGAAGCGGCACCUGGAGUACGAUGUCCCCGGCGACCUGCAGUUCCACUUGCAACUGGAGCAGAGCGGCAGCAGCAGCAGCAGUAGGAGUAGCAAGCCAGCACCUGCCCCAGUCACAGCGUCCUUCAUCAACGAUCUGUUUGCCUACGAUGGCAGUCUCCUGGUGCCCGCCCCUGCCGUCGGCUACUCCCACUGUCCGCCCUCGAGCAGUGUUCCCCUGGAGGACACUGGCGGCUGGACGGGCGGCGAACUGCUCGAGCUGGACCAUCGCUACAACUCGGUCUGCAGGCGGAGUGGGCCGCUGAAUGCCACUUUGCCGCCGCCGCCACCGCGCCGCCAGAAACACAAAACCACAUCAGCUCAGCCACAACAAAGCCCACUUAAUCCCAGCCAGAGUAGCAAUGCGAACCAAAAUCAAAACUUUUGGUCCCACAGAAAGCAGCAGCAGCAGCAACAGCAGCAGCAGCAGCAGCAGCGGAUAUUGUCGGCUGGGCGACGCACUUCGUCCGGUUCGGAGGCCACCGGCGAGGCGGACUUCGAGUUCAAGAACCUGUCCUGGCUGCUCAACUUCAAGUUCGACGUUCCGCACCUGUCGCCGCACAGUCAAGCCCAGGCAGUCGUCCAUCUGCCCGAGGGCAGUGCUCCUGCUCCUGCUCUCUGCUCCCGCCCCUCAAAUCCUCCCACGGUGUCCUGCAGUUCCGCCUCGCCCACAUCCGCCUCCGUAUCCGCCGCAUCCGCAUCCGCCACCAACUCGAAUCACUCGGGAUCGGGUUUAAUGGAUCCACGGGCCAGAUCGCCCAAGAGCAGCUGCGCCAACGGGUCAAUGGCAACGGGAGGAGGAGCACCAGCUCCAUUGGGCGGCCCCACCAAAGCGGGACGCAAGUUCGAGGAGCUGGUCAUGGAGGUCACCUCGGAGCUGGACGGCAGCGACAUGAUCGUCGCCGAGCACGUUGUCGUCGAGGACACCUCUUCCAAGCAGGCCAAGAAACCACCGUUCACCUACACGGAGCUCAUCGAAUACGCCCUCGAGGAUAAGGGUGAGCUGACUGUGUCGGGCAUAUACCAAUGGAUAUCUGAUCGUUUUCCGUACUACAAGUCCAAUGAUGACCGCUGGAAGAACUCGGUGCGACACAAUCUCUCGAUUAACCCACAUUUUCGCAAGGGUGUGAAAGCGCCCCAGGGAGCCGGUCACCUGUGGGCCAUUUCCAGCGGCGAUUCGGCCGAAAACGUACUGGCCUGGGAGCAUAAGAAGCAACGCUUGGACUUGUUCUUCAAAAUGGAGUCCAUAAAUCGGGAGCGCAUACAGCAGCACCAGCAACAGCAGCAGCAACUGCAACAGCAGCAACAGCAGCAACAGCAACAGCAGCAGCAGCAGCAACACUCGCCGCAGCAACAUGCCACACAGCAGCAACAUCAGGCGGCACAACAGCAACAUGCAACACCGGCCAGCAGUUGUUUGUACGAUGAGGCCGCUGUGGCUGCGGCCACUCUCACCCAGGAAAUGAUGUCGUCCAGUGGUGCAGGUGGCGUGGUCAGUGAGCAGAUCCCAUCCCAGCAGAACCACCACAACCACCAGAGCCACCACAACCACCAGAGCCACCAGAGCCACCACAAUCACAAUCACAAUCACAAUCACCACCAAAGACUGCUGCCCUUCAACGAUCUGCUGAGCGACGAUGAGCUGCGAAAGACAGCGGGCCAAAUACUGAACGGAAUCCAUCGCGAGGUGGAGGUCCAGUCGGUCAACUCCAUCAUCAGCACUUACCACGAUGUCCUGCUGGACAAUGACUACCUCAAUCCCAUACACAAGGAUGUGGUGGUCACGGAAAGUGUCCUUCGGCAGCAUCACGGACACUUGGGCGCCGGCAGUAGCAAUCACAUGGGUGGCAGUGGCAGUGGAAACGGAAAUGGAAAUGGCCACAUGGGCGGCGGCAGCUCGCAGUACUACAUCACCGAAAUCGAUCCCAUGGAGCUGGGCAUCCAGAUGUCGCACCAGGUGGAACCCUCCGAAGAGGAGGUGCUCUUCAGCGACGAGUUCAACCUCAACUACUUUGGCUAUAGCACCGGCAGCGAUAUCGUCGCUUGACCGCGCAGACAGCAACCAACAGCUCCUCAAGCUCCAGCUCCAGCAGCUCCAGCUCAGCCAAGCAAUUAGAAAACACAUACUAUAUAUCCUGCUCGAACGAUCCGGCUCCAUGCCAUGACAAACAAUCGUAAUUGUAGCCGAUCUACUCAUAAGCCAACUCUAAACGAAUACUAGUCACACUUAAAAACCAAAAACCAAAAACAAAAAACAAAAAACAGAAAACAACUUACAUGUAACCACCUAACCAUUUAGCCCCUAUGUAUAGUUUGUACCCCUUUUUUUUGUCUAUACUUUAGUUGAAUACCUAGCCGAUAAGUAGCUUGCUAGCAUUAAGUACUUAUCCCUAUAUCUAUGUACUAUAACUAUCUGCAGAUCUGACAUACUAUACAUACUUAGCUCUUGCUCUUGUCUCCGAAUUUAGUUAAGUGUUUUUACAAGUAGCUGAAUAUCCAUAGAUAUUACCAAACAGAACGAUUUCCUCUCCUCAAAUAUGUUAGCAAAACCAGGGCUAGAGAGCAGACGAAGUACUACUUAUCCUAGUGCCCAAACCUUACCCAUGUCCGUAGAACUAAUGGCACCUAACUGGUUUUAUUAAU